GCUUGAUUCUUAUUAAAGCUUAUUUAGUUUAAUUCUUUCAAAUAGUGAGCAUCAAAAUACGUUCUCAAAAUGAAAUUAGCGAUCAUUUUAACUUUAAUCUCAGUUCUGUUACUUCCAAUCCUUGUUGAUUGUAGAUCCAACAAAAUCAGAGAUGAUUGGCAAUCGAUCUCAUCAUCAGAAGAACUGACUCGUCCAGAUUACUGCACACUUAAUCCAGUUGCAGGUCCAUGUAAAUUGCUUCUUUAUCGAUAUUAUUACAAUCCUGCAAGACAAGCAUGCGAAAGGUUUGCAUAUGGAGGGACUCGUCCAGAAUUUUGCACGCUUGGUACUGACCCUGGCUCAUGUGAUGGGAACUUUAAUCGAUAUUACUACGACGCUUUAGUACAUAGAUGUAAACUUUUCGUAUACGGAGGGAAAUUAUUAUCAUCAUCAUCGUCAUCAUCGUCAUCAUCAUCAUCAUCAUCAGAAGAGUUCUCUCGUGCAAGUUAUUGUAUGUUUAAUCCAGAAGUAGGUCCAUGCGAAGGACAUUUAAAGCGGUACUACUACAAUCCUUCAACUAAAACAUGUGAUAUAUUCUUUUAUGGAGGACAUCAAGUAAAGUUUCAACCUUUAAACAUGAAGUUUACAAUUAUUUUCGCACUUUUGGUCAUUUUCGGUACUGCAUUUGUAGAAAGUCAAACCGCUCCUGAUUUUUGCAAUUUGAAACAAGAUGGAGGAUUAGUAACAUGUAAUCAAAAGCUCAUUCGUUUCUUCUUCAAUCCUUUGAUAGCAAAAUGCAGGCCAUUUAUUUAUACUGGCUGCGGUGGAAAUGCUAACAAUUUUAGCAAUCCGAAGACUUGCAUGAAGACCUGUGUACAUCUUAUCAAUAGUUUGUGAAAAGUCAAUGAAAUAAAAAAUAUUUUUGAAUCAUUGAAUUU